AUUCGUGUUAAUGUGUGUUGAGGGUAAAAAUGGCGAAUUUGCGCCAGAGUUAAAGAAGCGUGUCGACUUGUGUUGGUCGCGGAGGGAUACCUCAGUCCCACUGCAUGUCAAAAUAUUGGCUCAGGGAGACCGCGCCAAAGCUCAGACAGCGGCCACUCUUCGGGAUAACAACACGCAGCGGAGGCCCCUUUAAUCUCACUCCACUGUUGAUACGGCCACCGCGCGCAUCGGAGCGUCCGGUUGUGUGUGUACGUGUAUCUCUCUCUCUCCAGAGGACUGUUUUCGUUUACCGUGCUUGAGUCGAGACUUCAAAAAAAAGUCCGGUUCCAUGCCGCUUCUCCGGGAGACGGUUUACGACUUCGCGGUCGUGAGGCGACUUUAGACGGGCGCGGCGCGGCGGAGUUGGCGCACUGCUGGACUGGAUAUAUAUUUAUAUAUAUUUACACACGUCGCCCUCUCGAGAAGACGCUCUGCGUCCAUCGUGCACAUCGCCCUCUCUCACUCUCUCUCUCUCCGGACUGCGUUUUGUUCCGCGGACUUUUCACCGGAGUGACUCGGGGAUCUACGCACGUCUCCGUCGGCUUGUUCAGCGGGAAUAUGUUGUUGUCAAAGUUUGGUUCAUUUUCGCACAUUUGCAACCCUUCAAGUAUGGACCACCUACCAGUGAAAAUACAGCUCCAGCCCGUCAAAGUGGAGAAGGAGCCUUUCGAGAAGGUCUACCAGGUGGGCUCCGUGCUGGGCAGCGGGGGGUUCGGGACUGUGUACGCCGGCAGCCGCAUCUCCGAUGGCGCACUGGUGGCUGUGAAACAUGUGGCAAAGGAGAGGGUGACCGAGUGGGGCACACAUAACGGCUCAAUGGUGCCUCUGGAGAUCUUGCUGCUCAAGAAGGUCAGCUCCACGUUUCGCGGUGUGAUCAAGAUGCUGGACUACUACGAGCGCGCGGACGGCUGGCUGAUCGUCAUGGAGAGGCCGGAGCUCGUCAAGGACCUCUUCGACUUCAUCACGGAGAAGGGCGCCCUGGACGAGGACACGGCCCGGGGCUUCUUCUGCCAGGUGCUGGAGGCGGUGCGUCACUGCUACAGCUGCGGCGUGGUGCACCGGGACAUCAAGGACGAGAACCUGCUUGUGGACCUGCGCACCGGGGAGCUGAAGCUCAUUGACUUUGGCUCGGGAGCGCUCCUCAAGGACACCGUGUACACCGAUUUCGACGGUACCAGAGUGUACAGCCCACCAGAGUGGAUCCGCUUCCACAGAUACCACGGUCGCUCGGCAACGGUGUGGUCGCUAGGCGUGCUGCUGUACGACAUGGUGUGCGGAGACAUCCCCUUUGAGCAGGACGACGAGAUCCUCCGAGGGAGACUGUACUUCAGGAGGCGAGUUUCAGCUGAGUGCCAGCAGCUGAUCAAGUGGUGCCUGGCCCUGCGGCCCUCGGACCGGCCCACCAUGGAGCAGAUUUGCGAUCACCCCUGGAUGAGCGCGACGACAUCGACGACGACGCCGAUGACGACGACGACAACGGAAUCCCCAAAGUCACAAGAGGAGCCGGCCGCCAGCGAGAUCCGCCUCAGGACCAUCAACACAGACUCUUCGUCAAGCACGAGCUCGAGCAAGGAGAGCCUCUGAGGGCGGCUCUGAUGGACCCAAAAGACUUUGUGGCGAGGGGGGGGGGGGGGGUGAAGACUCGAGGUCGGCAGUCCGACUUGUCACAGCCGGUCCGGCAAGAAAAAUAUACUUUACUUUUCCUCUUUUGUAGGGAAUUUCUAAUUUAUUACUAUUUGUUCUUCCUCAUCUUAUUUUCCCCCCAGUUAAUUAUACUCGUUUCCUAAUCGGGAAAAUUUUUUCUGUUUGGGUGGUCUUACCAGCACUAUUUAUUUACCCCUCUUUUUACCUUUUUUUUCAUUUUACUCGUUUUUGUUAGUAGGUUAAUUUAUGCAGCUGGCAAGGCCCAUUCAGACAAGGCUGCUCUCAUAGAGCGUGGAGAAAACCUUUUUAUUUAAAUGUUUUUGAUUUUGUAGUGCCUUUUUUUUGGAAAGCUGCUUUUCUCGAGAGGAAGGGGGCUGGCCUUUCAUCAUCAUCAUCAUCAACAACAACAACUGUUUUUUGGGGGAUUUGCCUAUGGCCUGGUGGCUACUACGUUGCCUGUGCCGUGAUGGAAAGAGGGCGGGAGUUAGGCUGUGGUUUUAAAAACAAAAUGUUUUCCCCCCCCUCUCCAUCACUGUGAGCCAACCAGCCCCAAAGCCGAGAGGCUAAGAUAGCAUUAGAUCGGAGAGAAGGAGGCGGAGCUCUUCCUGACAAUGGAAUACUUGAAAAACACUCGACUCAACUCUGUGUCGCUCUCUUUAACGCUGCUCACUCACUCUAUAGCCUGAACAGGUGUUUGGAAACUGGAUCCUGUCUUUUCUGAAUGUCUACAAAAUGUCAACACACACACACACACACAGAGUUCUCCUUCCCGCCCCCUUUGCGGGGUGUUUGGCCCUCUUGACUUCUUAUUUUUUCCUCCUGCCAUCUCACUGCUUGACACUACAUGGCCCCCGCCCCUGGUCUCCCUCAGGGUUUGGGGUGUGAAAUGCACAAUCAAUGCAAUAUUCAUGGUCUCAAUGAUGUAUUUGUAUUUUUUCAACAAAUAUUGUACAACCUGUUUAUAUAUAUAUUUUGUGUGUGUACAUUAUUUUUUUCCUCCCUGUUUGCAUUUAAUUUAUUUGUAAACAUGUAGACAUUCCACACUCUGUGGCUAUUUAUUUAUUUAUUUUUCAUGCUUAAAAAUCCCCUCAAAACUUUGCAUAUCCGACUUGGCCUUUGGUUUGCAUUCCUAUAACUUAUUUUUACAUUUCAACUUUUUUUUUUUUUUUGAGACGUGGAGGAUGCACUGAAGCAGUUGUCUAUGUAAAACAGAAUAAAACAAGUUUACUUAAAUUCGAAAAAGAGCAUUUGAAUGUUAUUUAACUACUUUAAAAAUGGAGAAAUCCAUCUGCUCUUCGUCCCGUCAGUUACGAGUUCAACGGAAAGCUCAACAACGGGUGGGACGGCUUUCAUAGUCGUCACAUAGCCUCUUUGUGGCGACCUUUUCAGUUCAGCUGUGUGACUUGUGGCUGUUAAAGGAUGGAUAUUGCUAUUUUUUUAUACAAAAGUUUCAAUUAAACUCCCAUUUUUAUGUA